UUUCUGUACGAGAGAACUCCCGUCGGAUGGAUCUAUGAAUUGAGAUGCGUAAAGGACUGAUUUAAAAACAUCUUAUAUGUCAUAUAAGAUGAAGUUUACAGAAUUUGUGAAAAGGUACCCCUACUACUCACGCUUCAGGUUCUCUGCCGACGAGCACGGCAAUGCGCAAUUCGUUUUCAAUGGGGACGAAUACGAUCCAUUCGACAAGAAUGGGAAUCUAGUCAAAACGUUAUAUCACUUCCCUGGUAAUAGCUGGAAACCCGAGAAUAUCCAGGAUUUUCUAGUCGCCGACGACACACAAGCAUACAAGGAAACGAUCCAGCAACUGUUUGGGUUCCCAAAACAAUACAGACUAGACGCGCGUGCAGAGUACAAGAUAUUGCCGUUGGACGAAAACCCUACGAGAAAUAAUUACGUCUCUUUUGAUGUUUUUAUAACACCAAAGGUGAAGACACACUUUGUUUUUAGGGACAUAUUCACCGACAGCUUGCUAGUAUUCAGAACAGCAAAGGAGGCUAGUAGGUGGCUCGACGCCCCGAACCUCAGUUAUUGGAGUCAAGCCUUAAAUUUUGCUAUGUUUUGCGCGACUGCUGGAUGUGGUGUGACGCGUGACAUGAUUGACGACUCUCAAGUGGGGUCAUUCUACAGAUUUCACAUCAUUUUCACUAUCAGACGAAUAUUAAACGAGCUACAAUGCCCUCUUCCAAAAGAUAGGCUCUUUAGUUGGAAUAAAAACUUUUACAGCGAAGCGGCUUACCAAAAACUAAGAACAGAAUUCCGAACUGGUGACGAUUUCCGGUUCCUCGGACCGAUAAAUCAUGGGUUAGGGAACGUUUAUAAUUAUGAUUAUCACGGCUUGUCAUCUUCUAACGACAAGUAUAAGCCUUAUGGCACCAUUGAUCAAUUACACGACGAAUGGGACGCUGCCAAAAGCGACCACGAACACAUGAAUCACUUUGAGAUCGAGUACCUGAAAGACCUUAGAACUGGGUUUCAGUAGGAGUGGUUCUUUCCGGAAAAAUCAAUGGGGUUAACCAAAGCUGGGUUGUCUAGGAUAAACCAGAGCAUCGAAGCCUUUGUUUACUGUAUUCUAGGCGCGCAAGUUCAGACCCGGUCGUCAAUCGUCGGUGAUAGCGGUUCAGCUCAGGAAACGAAACAGGUCUUCACGAAACUCUUUGAAAGCGCGGUGGUGGAAAACAGUAUAUCGAAAAGUAUACAACGGUAUCAGUUUGCUUUACAACAGGCUAGACAAAAACUAGACCUGGCUUUCGCCCUCGGCUGUUGGUUAAGUCCAUCGUAUCUUGUGAUAAAUAACAACACUUCGAUCGCUGGCUAUAAUAACAAGUUACAAAAAGCCACCACUGAUAUGAAACUGGGGCUGAAUCCGAUAAAUAACGAGAUAAAAACGAUCCCAAAACAUAAUAUGGGUCAUUCAAAGAUUGUGUUACCUCAUACCGAGUCAGUCACGGCUCACAAACCGGAACCGGAGGCGAAAACUAACCCAAAGCCGGACGUGAUUAAACCCACGAACACGCAGCACGAAAAUAACCUUGUCACGAUCACAGCCUUUACGGCUGGUUUAGCUUGGUAUCUAUUCCGAUAACAUGCGGGGUGCAUGUGGACGGAUGUGACGUACCGCAAGAAGACAAUACCUGUCCACGUGUGCAUACCAGACCACCCUGGCGACCGCGAACUCUCAAUCCUGAAGACAAGCUCGAAGACAAGCUGCAACACAAGCAGCAAAACAAGCCUGAAAAGACGCCUGAAGACAAGCCUGAAGACCAGCCCGAAGAUGAGCCCAAAGACGAGCCCGAAGACAAGUCCGAAGACAAGCCAGAAGACAAUGCGGAUAAAAAGCCUGAAGACAACCCCGAAGACAAGCCCGAAGACAAGACGGAAGACAGGCCGGAAGACCAGCCCGAAGACAAGCCCGAAGACCAGCCCUAAGACGAGCCCGAAGACAAGCCAAAAACAAGCCGGAAGACAAGCCGGAAGUCAAGCCUGAAGACAAGCCCGAAAACAAGCCCGAAUACAAGCCCUUAGACAGGCCUGAAGACAAGCCCGAAGACAAGCACGAAGACAAGCAG